AGCGUCGCUCCGGCCCCGCCCCCUCCCAGCCCUGGCGCGUCUUUCCCCGCCUCCGUCCGGGCCGAAAGAGACGCUGGGCGGGCGGCGGAUGCAAAGCGGGAGAGCAGGCUGCCAAGCCAUUGGCUGAGAGCAGCGGCCUCGGAAGAGAUCCCGGCCAAUCGAGGAGCGCGGCUGGCAGGUGGCUGCGAGGUUAUCAGCGCAUCUUGUCCCAACCGGGGACUCUCCUUCGCCGAGGCGUUUUCGCAGGCGGGGAAGCUCCGCGGAGGCCGGGAAGAAGGAAGGGGCCGCGCGGCCAAAGCCAGCCGGGGCCAAGUGGAGGAAAGGGCUCCGGCUCCCCCACCCUCCCCCCGCUGCAGGAUUUCCAAGCGGGGCGCCGUCGGUGCUUUUUUAAAAGCAGAAAAGCCGCGGCCGCCAGAACACUGGAGCGGGCCGCUGGGCUUUCUCCCGCGCCUUCUUUCUCGGCCACCGCCACGCCCUGUUCUUCCUUCACCCCGAGCCCGAGAACGUCCCACCCCGGGCGAUCGCGGCUGGGGGCCCUCCUCGGCACACGAGCGGGACCUGGGACGAUCGCGGCCUCGAAGCGGGGAGUGCCCAACUUGGGCGACUUGUCUUGGUUCUCGGCUGCUACUUUCUCCGCGCCGGCGGAGAGGCCGAGCGUGCCGCCUUCGCUUUCUCUGAGUUGGAGGACGGGCGGCGGCGGCGGCUCCCUUCUCCUCCCUCCCUCCCUCCCUCCGCCCGGUCUCUCCCCCCCCCGCCGCCGCCCCCGUUUGAUGCUCCCCAAUGUUAGCCGUGGGGCAGAUGGAGGCUAACCGCCAGGGCGCCUUCGUGCUCAGCAGUACGCCGCUGGCCGCGCUGCACAACAUGGCCGAGAUGAAGACCUCCCUCUUCCCCUACGCCUUGCAGAGCCCGGCCGGCUUCAAAGCGCCCGCGUUGGGCGGCCUCAAUGCGCAGAUCCCGCUGGGCACGCCGCACGGCAUCAGCGACAUCCUGGGGAGACCCGUGGCCGGCACCACCGCCGCCGCCGCCAACCUGCUCUCCGGCCUGCCCCGCCUGAACGGACUGGCCGCCGCGGGGAUGUACUUCAAUCCGGCCGCCGUCUCCAGAUACCCCAAGCCCUUGGCCGAGCUGCCCGGCCGGCCUCCAAUUUUCUGGCCCGGAGUUAUGCAGGGAUCGCCCUGGAGGGAUCCCCGGCUCGCCUGUCCCGCCCAGGCUGGGAUGGUUUUGGACAAGGAUGGCAAGAAAAAACACUCCCGACCGACCUUCUCGGGCCAGCAGAUUUUUGCGCUGGAGAAGACCUUCGAGCAGACGAAAUAUUUGGCCGGCCCGGAAAGAGCGCGCCUCGCCUACUCGCUGGGGAUGACGGAAAGUCAAGUCAAGGUCUGGUUCCAGAACCGGAGGACGAAAUGGCGGAAACGGCACGCGGCCGAAAUGGCCUCGGCCAAGAAGAAGCACGACUCGGAGACGGAGAAGCUGAAGGAGAGUUCGGAGAACGAGGACGACGACGAGUACAACAAGCCGCUGGACCCCAAUUCGGACGACGAGAAGAUCACGCGGCUCCUCAAGAAGCACAAAGCGGCCGCGGCCGCCGCUCCCCUGGCCCUGCUCAGCCCCUGCAGCAACGCCUCGGACCCCUCGUGACUGGGGCCCGCCCGCCCCUCCUCUCCUCUCCGCCGCCGGCCAAGCAGGGUAGUCGACGCCAGCCCCGGGACUGGCCGCCGCCACGUCGUGUACAGCCCGCACGUCGGGAAAGUCCUUUCUGUAUAUGUAUAUAUAUCUAUUUUUACCGAAUAAGUUAUGGCCAUGAAUGGCCGCCCUUUCUCUUCGCCGCUGUCCGUUGCGCAGGAAGGAAAGAAGGAAGCUUAUUCCGGCCUCCGUGGGGUAACCUCUGGGUUUCUCUGCCGUUCCGCCUCUCGCCCCAGCCCAGCCCCUUCCUACGCACCCUCUCCUGACCUCGGAAACCGGAGCUGUCGGUGCAACUCGAAAGAAAGUAACGCUCAAAGCAAGCCGGGCUGGGCUGCAGCCGGGCCACGUGGCCUUUAAGCGGGAUUCGCGAGGGCUCCGCAGCGCGUGUAGCCAAAGGGCAGAGGCUUACCUCAGGCCUAACCGCCAGGCAAAGGGCGGCCCCUUCUAUCCGGGACUUGCUGCUGAGAACCGGCUCUCCAGUGCAGGAGUCCUCAACCGUGGCAACUUUAAGACUUGUGGACUUCAACUCCCAGCAAAGGAGCUGAGGAAUUCUGGGAGUUGAAGUCCACAAGUCUUAAACCCCUGCACUAGUGUCACCCUAGACACCUGAGUAGAGAGCAAACCCGCCUCCCUUAAGGGGACUUGUCUCCAGUUCAAAAGGAAUGUAGGGUUGCAGAUGAUUAACAUAAUUGAUUUUAGCCAAACUUGAUUGCAGGGUUAUGCAUUGGAGGCUCCAUCACCGCUGACUAAAUAGUUAGGAGGUUGAGCCUCACCUAUCCCAGAAGAGACCCAGGCUGCAUAACUUUGGUCUAGGUCAGGGGUCUUCAAACUUGGCAACUUUAAGACUUGUGGACUUCAGCUCCCAGAAUUCCUCAGCCAGGGUUGGCUGAGGAAUUCUGGAAGUUGAAGUCCACAAGUCUUAAAGUUGCCAAGUUUGAAGACCUGUGGUCUAGGUGUAUCUGCACUUAGUUGAAGCCUGUUUAAUUCCUGGGAUGUCCUGUGCAAAGUAACUGCUUUAAAUGUCAACCAUAGCCUAAAACUUUCAUCCCAUUGGAUUCUAGUCUUUUGGAAAGAGGGGGGUCUGUAAAUGCUGCUGGGAUGUCAAUGGCCUAAGGAUGGAGUAGCUGCUGCCUUUGAAAUUGUGAUUUCCACUCCUCCAUCCCUCCCACCUUUCCUGCUCCUAACAAUCAAGCUGUUGUUACUGUUUUGUAUAUGAUUGGAGGAUACCAGCUCAGCUGUGUAUAUAGAAAAUUACAGAUUUUUGUCAUGUAUAUUUCUAGUGUAAAAAUGAAAAGGUUUCUUUCUCUUUUUUAAAUGUUGGUUUUGGAUGGCUUCACUUCCUUUGAUUUUGUUUUGUUUGUUCUAAGAGAAUGUAAAGGGAGAGAGAACUGCUUCACUUGAUUUUCAGUUGCUUUCUGACUUCUCCAGUUGGAAAGACUUUGUAUAAAUCAAUAAAUUAUUUAACAAGCUU